CUAUAUAAAAUCAUAGGAAUCUUGCCAUUCUGUUCAUAAUAACAUAGUAAACCAACUGAAAGAACAGGUUGUUCAACAUGGCAAAAUGGCUAAUUUCAUACGUCGCCAUUCUUUCUCUAAUUGGGCUAAGCAUGGCCGAUUGCGAGGGCAAGACAGUAAUAAGAAAAGGAAAUCUGACUUGUACGGAUAAAAGGAAGAUUGUGAACGUCCACAACAAACUAAGGUCGAAGGUUGCUGCUGGGAAACAAUCAGGCCAGCCAUCAGCAAUUUACAUGUUGGAAAUGAGUUGGGACGAAGAGUUAGAGAAUGGUGCGCAGAAGUGGGCAGAGAAUUGCACAUUCGAUCACAACACUUAUGAACAAAGGAAAGUCGAAAGAUUCAACGUCGGGCAAAAUAUGGCUAUUAGUUGGAGCUCUCCAAAUGAGACCAAUUCCAAGGACAAGCCUGAAUUCCCAAAACAAAUAAAAAGUUGGUACGACGAAGUCUCGUUGUACCAGGGAUAUUUCACCUUCGAGGUCGGACACUACACGCAGGUUGUCUGGGCUGACACGUACCUGGUCGGCUGCGGUUAUAUCUACUAUAAAGAGGGCGAUAAAUACACUAAACUGUACGUUUGCAAUUACGGCCCUGCAGGAAACAUAGGGGAAAAGCGGCCUUACGAGAGUGGAACAAAAAAUUGUACCCACGUCAACUUGACGAGUGGCGCUAAAAGUAAAUUCCAAGAAUUGUGCAGACCCAAAAAUUUUACGGAAUUAAGAUGUAAACAACAAAAACGUCGAAGCUAGCAAGAAGAGCAAUUCGCGCUAAACUUACCUUCAUGAAUUGGAUUUAUGUUAAAUUUCUUUGGGUAUCUUCAGCAGUAAUGUAACAGCAUUAACAGAUUAUCAUCAUUUAUUUAUAAAUUUAUUUCGAGAGCAAAUACAUUGAUUCAACCAAAAGAAGAAGAUUUACGUUUUCGAUGGAAAUAUCAAACGAUUAAAUAAUUGUAUAUUAUUAUUAAUAAUAGUAAUAAUAAUAGUAGCUUUCUCAAAUUUAUUGGAAUUUAUAAUGAGAUUUAGGCCUUUUCUCAAAUUUUUAUAACAUUGAUACCAUUGAAUGUUUGCCCGCUAAUGUUUGAAUGAGAGUUGUGGUAAUAAACUGAA